AUGGCGUCAUUAAGCACACGAGUAGCAGUCGCUGCAUCUGGCGCUGCCCGGAGAAUGGGAGCCAUGUUGGAUGGCUUGGGAGCUAAUAUUGAGGUUGCCAAGUACACUGAAAAGUUGGUUCCUUCCACUCGAUUCAUUGCUGUUGAUGGCAUCGCACCAGCAGUUGGAGGAUCCAAUAACUUUGUCGCUCCAUCGGCCUCUGUAAUCGGGAAGGUUUCCAUUGGUGAUCAUUCCAGCGUUUGGUACGGUGCCACUGUCAGAGGUGAUGUGAAUAAUGUCACCAUCGGAACCAGAACAAGUGUUGGUGACAGAGCAGUUGUUCACGUAGCCAAGAUUCAAGGAGACAUCCCCACUUCGAUAGGCGACAAUGUGACCAUUGGUGCCGGUGCUAUCAUUCACGCUUGCACCAUUGAGAGCCUUUGCAUGAUCGGAGAAUCCGCGCAAGUCAUGGAUGGUGCUGCUGUUGGUACCAACUCCAUCAUUGCUCCCGGUGCAAUCGUCACACCUGGCACCAAGGUUCCCAGUGGAGAAUUGUGGUCCGGAUCUCCUGCCAAAAAGGAGCGUGCUUUGACUUCACAAGAGAUUGCCUCUAUUGCCGAGUCGGCCCACGAGCAAUUGGAACUUGCCUACCUCCAUUCGGUAGAGAACUCCAAGGACUACAAGCAACUCAUUGCCGAAGAAGAAGACAGACUUGACAGGGAAGUUCGUGGAAAGGGACAAGGUGCCUGGUUCGACCCCAACAUUCCUGAUCCCGAUGAUGUUUUGGGACAAGGAUCUCCAGGUCGAAUCUUUAACUCUACUUUGACACACCCUGAAGAAGGGUUGAAGUUGCGAGCGGAGCAACGAGAAAAGAACCAAUAA